AUGCUAUGGAACAGACUGGCACAGCCGGCAAGAUGCUAUGCACAGCGGGGCCUGCCAAGACUUCGGUCGAACAACCGCCUUGUGGCGUAUACACCGAAGCGAUUCAACUCAAACCCUCAGAACACCGGGCAAUAUACCCCGGACCCUACUGACCAGCCGGAUUCAGAUGAGGGCAAAGGUCGAGGUCAGGGUCAGGGUCGCAACGGCGACUCAGACCCUAACUUGAAAUCUACGAUUCUAAAAAUGCUAGAAACCGCAGCAACCACUGCCGCAUCAAUUUUCAUCCUAGGUGCAGCUGGCUAUGGGUAUCACCAGUACUAUAAGUACUUGAUCCUGGACAAGAUGGACAAUGCGUUCAAACCAGGCGAUCCCGCCCUUGAGGUUGCUGGUGUUGUAUCUGGAAAACACCAGUACCAGCACGAGGAGCACUGGGUGAUUCGAAAUGAGCAACCUAAGGUUGAUGACAUCGUGGCUGGGAGAGUAACGGGCCACUACUACCUAAUGAUCGGCGAAAAGGGCACAGGAAAGACCUCAAUGCUUCUAGAGGCCAUGCGCAAGAUCAAUGGUAACAGCUGUGCGUUGUUUGAAGCCCAUGCCGAUCUCGAAAUUUUCCGCAUUAGACUGGGUAAAGCUUUGGACUAUGAAUUCCACGAAGAGCAAGUUCCUUUUAGUUAUAUCGGAAGUCUGUUCAGCAUCCGUGGCCCUAGGGAUACCACUGCGCUUUUAGAUAUUGAACGUGCCUUCAACAAGUUAGAAAAAGUGGCACUUACCAGAAGACGCUCCGGCUCGUCUCCCCUGAUUCUUAUUAUCAACAGCACUCAUUUGGUCCGAGACGACCAUGAUGGACAGGACUUACUUGAGAUGAUUCAGCAACGGGCAGAGCAAUGGGCUGCCAGUGGCCUUGUCACUACCAUUCUCAACAGCGACGAUUACUGGGUAUAUGAGCGCCUGAAGCGUUAUGCAACCCGUAUGGAAGUUAUUCCCGUGACCGACCUCCCCAAGGACAAGGCAAUGGCCGCAUUGAAGAAAUAUCGUGAGCAGUAUCACAACCAGGUUCUCCCAUCAUCGGUUCUAGAGGAAGUCUACGACAAGGUUGGUGGUCGUUUGUCCUUCUUGAGCCGUGUCGCCAAAUCCGGGGAUAUGAACAAGACCUGUGACGAAAUUUGCCGCGCUGAAAAGACGUGGCUUCUCAACAAGUGCUGGAUUCUUGGAAAGGAGAUGGACGAUGAUGUGAUGGACGAGCAAAAGUUCUCUUCUGCGGCUAUGGUUCUUGCAAAAGCACUUGUCGACAAAGAGAAAGAGAUGGAGCAAAGCUACCACCCAGAAAGAGGCCACAUUCUACCUGAGAUCCCGCUUCACAAGGCACGCGAGAUUAUGACUCGUGCUGAUUUCAUCCAAUCCUACGAUCAUGAGAACAUUUUCACCAUUGACUCGCGAGCCAUGGUGCGAGCUGACUCUGUGCCUAUGCAGAACGCCUUCCGAGAGAUUUGCAAGCUCGACAACUUUGACUCGCAUCUGGAGGGUACUCUGGAGCGUAUUGGCGACAUUGAGAGCCUUGGCCGUACCCGUGAGUUGACCAUUAAGGACCUCUGGAACCAGGGCAAGUACAGAGUAGUGGUUAAAGAUAACCAUGGACGUGAAAGUGGCACAGUGGAAUUUGCCGUGGCAGAGACAGAGGAUGAUGCUUAG